UAAAUUGAGCCAUGUUGAACCAGUACACGUAUGUAGUGCAUGGUUUGUGAGUACGGACGCAGUCUGAUAAACUUGGGCUGGUUGGUUAAAAAGAAACGGCGCCGUAUUUGUGUAACUAUUCACUUACUGCACAGAGCGGGAGACUGCAGCAGCUAUGAUCGCCAUGGUAACAGACAUUGCCGAGAAGCAACACAUCUGGUCGGUCUCUGAAAUGUCCAGCACACCAUUUAGCCCUUUUAUGGCUUAAGGCUAAUGAAGGGAACUUUUUGUACGUAUUAUAUAUGUGAAGGGAGACGGAAACGUUCCUAGCACUAUGGUCGUUUCAGUUGAAGACGUGUCGUCGUCCGUUGUACGGGAAUAUCUGAGUCGAAAGGGACUCAAGAGGACAAUUGCCUGCAUGGAUGAGGAGCAUCCACGCACAGAGGCCAGCAUCAACAACAGAUCACACUUAAGGCAGAUUCUCAACAUGGAGGAUCUAUAUAGAAAGAACAAAGCUCAGACCUCCCCCCUGAAGACACUACUGGAGAUUAUUGUAAAUCACCAUAUUGAGAGCCUUAAAAAUGACAAGCUCUCCAGCAGUGAAAGUGAUCCUCUGCAGUCUGCUCAAGUGAUCAGCUUGAUUGGCAGUUGUCCUGCAGUAACAGAGAGGAAUGACACAAAGACAGAGAAAAGCACAACGGCUUCUGUUAUUCGCAAACAUGUCAAAUUAAGGUCCGAUAUAGAAGAAACCAGUGCUUCUAAGCCUACAUCAUCUUUGCCUGAGACAGAGAGACUGUCCUGUCAAAAUCAGUCAGGUAUUUGGGGUUACGACUCAGAAGACCAAAGAGGCCAGCCACUGAUAACUUCCCUCCAAAACAACGAGAGCUUCAUCAGAAGAGAACCAGAAAGAAAGAUCACUGAGAGCACCCAAAGGAGCAGAACUAAUCGAAUUAGACGUGGCAUGAUGGCUGGACCAAUAGCUAGCACACCUCAGGAAUCCAACAAAAAAAGGCAGAAUCGAAGAGCAGAAGUGCCCCAGCAGCUUCUCAGAAAAGAAGAAACAAACAGGCCAUCCUGGGAUGGACUUUUAGUGACUGGCGUAAAUCAAAAAAGCUCAGAAAGCGGCCUAAGUGAAAUCAGCUCAGCUGACUGUGAAGGAGUGCAGUGGGAGUUUGGGUGUGCACCAGAGAGGGAGAACAGCUUUGAAAAACUGCGACAAGACAGACUAAAGAUUACCAAAGUAAAGUCUUUGACCAUGCCAAAUGUGGCUGAUUUGAAUGUGUCUGAGAUGGUUUUAGAUGACAUUGAUGAUGAUGAAGAUGUGCGGGAGCUCUCCAGGGUGUGCUUUCAGAGAAACGUUCAAGAGCACAGCAAUGCAGACUGCGCAAUAGACAUUCACACGGCCAUAGAUUUGAAAGCUGUUCUUCUUGGAUCCAGCCUAAAUUGUUUCAGUAUUGAGUGGAGGAAUCAGAGCUUCACGUUCUCAGAAACACAUGACCUGAGAUACGGAAUUGUGCAGAAAAAGGGUGGUCCUUGUGGAGUUCUGGCAUCCGUCCAAGCCUUUGUUCUAAAGAAACUGCUGUUUGAAAACAUCGAAAGCAGUAAUACAGGCCUUCAGAGGUUAAGACCCUCCAACACUACCAGAAGAAAGUGUCUUGUUUUGGCGCUGGCUGAAAUACUGUGGAGGGCCGGCGAGGAAAAACAAGCCACAAUUGCAAUAAAUUCAGGGAGAAAUCAUUUCACCCCAACUGGACAAUACAAAUCUGAAGGAGUGCUUGAGAAGAUAACAUGUUUUACCGUGGAUAACAUCAAGGACCUGCAGUUGCUUCUGGAGCAGCAUAUUGAUCAGUUUGAGAUUGGAGGGUUAGGAUGUAUACUGCUCACCAUAUCUGCUGUUCUCUCUCGAUCCAUUGAAAAAGUGAGAGACGAUAUGGACGUGCCCACCACCACACUCAUAGGAGCCCACGGCUACUGCACUCAGGAGCUGGUCAACCUGCUGCUGUGCGGCAGAGCAGUUUCUAAUGUCUUUGACGAUGACAUGGAGUUAGACUCAGGCAAUGGCAACAUGACUCUUCUCAAAGGAGUCAAAGGCCACUGUGACGUUGGCCUGCUGUCCUUGUUUGAACACUAUAACAUCUGUAAGGUAGGAGCUUACCUGAAGACUCCCCGUUACCCAAUCUGGGUGGUCUGCAGUGAAAGUCACUUCAGCGUGCUGUUUGGCCUGCAGAGGGUGCUGUUGACCAAUCAGGAUGCAGACCUGGAGUUUGACCUGUACUAUUAUGACGGACUGGCCAAUCAACAGGAGGAGAUCCGCCUCACUGUCUCUCCUGGAAAAUCGUCCCUGAGCUGUCAAGAUGACGACACUGAUCUCAUUCCCCCUCUGGAUCACUGUAUCCGAACAAGGUGGAAAGAUGCAUCUGUCAACUGGAAUGACACCGAGCCAAUUCUGUGAUCACAUGGUUGGAUGCUAUUUUCGUUAUAGACCAUUAACUGACAUUAAAACAUUUAUUAUUUAAAACGCAUUUAGAAUAAAGAUGCUUUAACACGUUUUAUGAAGUUUUCUUCAUAUUAUUCACCCAUAUAUUUUAGCAGUAUUUUCUUGUCAUAGUGACACAAUGUUGUUCUGCCAUUUGUUUCCAUGACAUGUGGCCUAGAUGUUAUAUAUGAUAUAAUAUAUGUGUAGCUAAAAAGGUUGGGCCCAAACUGGGAUAUAGAAUAUCAUCAGACAUAAACUGUGCCAGUGUUAAGUAAUAAACAUAAGGAACUUCUUCUCAAAAUGCAGAAGUUUGAAGGGAAAUUCAGAGAUUUGUUGCUGAUGAAAUGCUAAUUGUAGCAAGUUGCAGUAUUGACCGCAGUGGCCUUUUACUCUUGACGUGUAUUUUUCACAGAAAGAAAUAACAUAUUGUGUCCAUAUUUUGCACUAGAUUAAUAUGAUUUCACUACUUAUUGAAAAAUAAAAUAUGCUUUAUUUUAAUCUACAUAAUGGUUGAAAAAUUACAAAUUCAUAUCAUGUCUUAACUGAUUUUUGUUUGUCACUUACUGUAUAAUCUUGUUUUACAGUUUGGUUUUGAAUGGCCUUAAAUCAUAUUGCCUUUUAUAAUGUGCAUGCUUCAAAUGAGAUUAUCUGUCAGGUUGUACUGUAUUUGUUUUCAUUGCUUCAAUUAUAAUUCUGAUGUGUUGUCAGGAGGUUAAAUAUAUUCAGACUGGUGUGUUUGUCAGAGAGAGUAAAUAUUGUACUUCAUUGCUUAUAAUUGCCUUGAUUAAUUUUCACUUUUGACGGACUUCUCAUGUGGAACAUAAAAUAAAAUAAUUCAAUACCUCAACUGUCUCUACACAGUGAUGGUUGUUUUGUGCUCAUUUUAUGUACCUUUUCCUAUGAAGCUGCUUUAAACUGCCAACUGAAUAUAAGACAGACUACUGUUGCGAAACUUCAGUUAUCCUGGGAAAAGAACAUAGUCUUUUACAACACAGCACACGCUGCCAAAGCUUUUUACAUAAAAAUUGUUUGUGUUUCUGCAUUGUCAUUUUCAGUUUCCCAA